AUGCGACGACAAGCAAGGGGCGGCAGGAGAGCACUGCCGUUCCAAGGGGCUUGGAAAGGACCCGAGAAGGUUCAGGUGCUGUCGCGCGCAGACAUGGUGCAUUACGUGGACGUGAGAGGCGCGUGGGACUGGCGAGAGUGCGAGUGCUGCUUCGACCGCGCAGUGAGCUACCGCGCACAGCGCGCACUCGGCAUGGUCCGCCUGAGACACUUCCGUUGCGACCUUCAGAGGCAGCUGCCAGACUCCAUCCCCCUUGCUCCCCAGGAGCGACCAUCCAGCGCCAUGGUUGAGGACUCCGCUAGAGUGCCCUUGAGGCCGUUGGAGCCUCUGGAGGAGUGGCCUCCCCAGCAGUUGUUCGGCGUCAAGUGUGUCGUGGCGCCCAUUCGCUGUGCCGAGGCGAUGAUUCUCGAGUGGAUGGCUGAGCCUCGCGUGGGCGUGCUCAUGGACCUGGGGAGGAUCAGAUCCCGCCUGCCUGCCAUCCUGGCCGCUACAGAUGCUGCUACAGCUGCAACCUCUCCUGCGACAGCUGCUGCCCUUGCUGCCGCUGCUAGUGGAACGUGGGCGACUCGCUGGGCUGCCUACCGCCGUGCUUUCGGGGCGGGGAGGCAGGUGGAGAACGACUGCAUUGCGUCUGUGCUGGUGCAGGUGCUGGGGGUUAAGGAGGGUGCUGACCUGCAGGAAGGGUUUGGGUUCUUCGUGCAGCAUGUGCUGUCAGGCGGGCUGGAGAAGGCGCAUGGAGAGGAGAAGGGGAGGGGGGCAGCUGGGGGGGAGGGUGCUGAGAAGACACACUGGGAGGAGGGGGGGACUGGGGGGGAGGCUGCAGAGAAAGCGCAGGGAGAGGAGGGACGGGCGGAUGGCGAGAUGAUGGAUAGGGGUGGGGGCAUGGAAAAAGAGGAGGAGCAGGUGGCCGCCCUGGCAAGGUUGAUUGCCUCGCAGGUUGAUGCUGGUGGUGGGAGGGACGGAGGGGAACCAAAGCAUAGCAGCGAGGCGAGCAAAGGGGGAGAGAGACACAGCAGCGGGGCGGCUAAUGGAGCUGCUGGGGAGGGUGGCAGACGAGGGAAGAAUGGGCAGUGGAGGGAGAAUCUGAAGGGGCAUGUGUGGGAGAGGUAUGUGGAUGGCAUGGCUUGGAUUCUAGAGCAUGGAGGGGGGGAAGGGAGGGAGUUUAGAUGCAGCCAGUGCAGUGAGGAGGGCAGCCAGUGCAGUGAGGAGGGCAGCCAGUGCAGUGAGGAGGGCAGCCAGUGCAGUGAGGAGGGCAGCCAGUGCAGUGAGGAGGGCAGCCACCAGUGCAGUGAGGAGGGCAGCCAGUGCAGUGAGGAGGGCAGCCAGUGCAGUGAGGAGGGCAGUCAGUGCAGUGAUGAGGGCAGCCAGUGCAAUGAGGAGGGCAGCCAGUGCAGUGAGGAGGGCAGCCAGUGCAGUGAGGAGAGCAACCAGUGCAGUGAGGAGGGCAGCCAGUGCAGUGAGGAGGGCAGCCAGUGCAGUGAGGAGGGCAGCAACAAUGGAGGUGAUGUGCAGGUGAAUGGUGCUCCCAAGGGCAUGUAUGUGAGUGGAGUAGGCGCCACGGAUUUCGCUCUUGCGUUUGCCACAGAGCUGUCUAAGCCAGAGAGCUGUGCUGAGGCGUGUAUGUACAUAUUGGAUGGGAACAAUGCCAAUAAGGUGAGGGUGGAAGAGGCAGCAAUUCAGGAGGCUAGAAGCAGGUUGAGAAGAGGGGUAGGUGGAAAGGGCAGAAAAGUGCGUUCAGGAGGAACAGGAGGAGAUGGGGCAGCAGCAAACACGAGUGGGGCAGCAGCAAACACGAGUGGGGCAGCAGCCAACACGAGUGGGGCAGCAGCAAACACGAGUGGGGCAGCAGCAAACAGGAGCGGGGAAGCAGCAAAAAAAAUCCGAGCAGCAGCAAGCACUACCGGGGCAGUAUCAAACACGAUUCGGGAAGAAGCAAACACGAGUGGGGCAGGAGCAAACACGAGUGGGGCAGGAGCAAACACGAGUAAGGCAGGAGCAAACAGGACCAGAGCAGCAGAAGCAUCAGUGAUGAGGAAUGCAUCUGCUUUCAGUGCUGCUGCUUCAGAUGAAAACCGGCCUUGUACACGAGUGGAUGGCACCUGCGCCAGCUACAACCCUGGGCUAGUACCCGUAAACACAAAUCCGGUUUUUUCAGCCUUCACUUAUCGAGUUGCCCGCAUCUUACAGUGGGUUCGAAUCUACGGCUCAGAUGUUGUCUUUGUAGACCGAUGCUGCAAGAGUAAGCCACAGAAUAAGAUCCUGGAAAUGCCCCAUCCCUUUCGAGACCUCCCGAGCCUGCUGCUGAGGCUUGGUGCCAUCCCCAAGCCUCUUGAUGAUGCUGAUUUUGCUGUAGAGUGGGAGGAAUGGCCACAGGGCGAUGAAGCUGCUUUGAAGCUUCCAGAUGAUCCCAAUGCAAGAUUCUUUCUGCUGGGUAUCUCGGAGGAGAGUGGAACGGGAGUGGAGAGUGAGCAGAGGGUGACAGAAGUAGCAUCAAAGUCUGGGAGGAAGCACACGAGGCGGAAGGUGAGAGGAGCCAAGGCACCUGGCCAAGCGAGUGACGGCAGUUGGGGCCACACAGACAGAGGGAUUGGCGGAGUGACGGAGCAAAAGGGCAUUCCACAUCCAUUCGGCAUGGCUGUUAUACGGCCGCCUCCGAGAAGGAAGCUUCCCAUUGUCCGUUGCGUGGCGGAUGCAGAAUCUCUUGUGGAGGGGGUCGGCCAGGUCGUGACUCCACCGGCAUGUACCCACUGUGUCCAGUGCUUCCGCGACUACUACCUCCUCCUCCCAUCCAUCGCCCUCAUUGCCAAGUAUGCCUACCGCCCCCUCUACGUUCUCUUCAACCGCUUCUUGUCCGUCUUCCCGCCGCAAUCCUUUGGGUUCCACACGCUCGUGAAGGACAUGGGGUUGCCGCCGUUUCCCUCACGCCCGGCACCACCUACCAACCUUGCAAUUCUGCGCGGUGAGAUUGAGAAGGAGCGCGUUACCUUUCUGCUGCUCGUCGCCCUCAAGUGGCCGGCCUCCAUUCUGGAUUUGGAACAGUUUGAGGGCAAAGAGCUGUUGGAGGGAGACGCGAUUCGAGUGAAGAAGAAGGUUGCGACGGGGAGGAAGAAAGGGAAGGCUCGGAGAGGGAUGGGAAACGGAGGGGAGGAGGAGGAAGAGGAGGACGAUGGAGAGGUGCAGGAGGAGUUGGAGUCGUGGUGCUUCACAGCCCAGAAUGCUUGGCCAUCCAGCCUGCGUGUCUCGUUGCGGGAUGCCGAUGUUGAAUCGGAGGACUCAGGUUCAGGUCUGAGUGAUGUGUGCAUGGGCAGUGAGGGGCAGCAGGAGAGGGUGGACAUGAACACGAGGAUUGCUGAUCUGGUCAGCACAGGUGUGGACAAGAUGCGCCGAAAGAGGGUGCAACUCCGCCGGGGUGGUGCUGUGGCGAGUAGCAGCACUGGCAAGGGCAAUGAGGGAAAGGGGAAGAAGGCGGAGCUGCCACCUUACCUAAAGGCAUGGCCAGGGGGGGUCAAUCUGCUGGCAUGUCUGCGAGAGAUGCUGUUGGGGGAGCCGUGCUACUGCCCUGCCUCCCCUGCUGCCCCUUCCGUCCAUCCUGGUGUGAACAUCACUGGUGCAGCGCCAAGCACAACUGCUUCUGCCUCUUCCUCCCUUGCUGCUCCAACAACUGCUGCUCCAAACACUGCUGUCUUGUCUACCCACCCACCCGUACACACCUGUGCUACCAUGUCUACCUAUGCUGCUUCUUCUCCCCAUGUCACCCCAACUACUGGUGCUGCAAUAGGCACUGCAGAUACAGCUGCAUGUGCAGAGGCCUCUGCUCUUGAUGCUAGCAGGGAGAGUAGGUGCAGUGCUGCGGGGUGUGGAAGGAUGGAGGGUGGUGGUGUGAAGCUGAGGAGCUGCGGUGGGUGUGGCAAGGUGGCGUAUUGCAGCAGAGAGUGCCAAAAGGCGCACUGGCCCUGA